AUGACUCCGUCUGCCAGCCUGCUGCUGCUGCUCCUGCUUGGCCUCUCUCAGGCUCUUCCUCUUCAGGAGGAAGGAAGCGCAGAAGAAGAAGAAACAAUCCCAGACGGCGUGGACAUCACCACCAGGAUUCUGACCUCCAACAACGGCACAGACGAGAUCCUGCUGGAAGGAGACCUGCUGGCUCCCAGAACCAGAAACGCCAUGAUGUGCUGGUCCCAGAGCUGCCUGUGGAGGAAAGCCUCCACCGGCCUGGUGAUGAUCCCCUUCACCGUGAACAGCCAGUUCACCAGCGGGGAAAGGCAGAAGAUCGACUACGCCAUGAAGGAGUUCCACAGCAGAACCUGCCUCCGCUUCGUCCCCCGUAAGAACGAGUACGACUACAUCAGCAUCGAGAACGAAGCGGGAUGUUUCUCCAAUCUGGGCAGAACGGGAGGCAGACAGGUGCUGUCUCUCAACAGGCAGGGCUGCCUCUACCACGGCAUCAUCCAGCACGAGAUCAACCACGCUCUGGGCUUCCAGCACGAGCAGUCCAGGAGCGACCGCGACAACUACGUCCGGAUCAACUGGGAGAACAUCGACCCACAGAGGGCCGGCAACUUCCACAAGGCGUCCACCAACAACCUGAACACUCCCUACGACUACUCCUCCAUCAUGCACUAUGGAAAAACAGCCUUCUCCAUCCAGUACGGCAAGGACUCCAUCACCCCCAUCCCCGACUCCAACGUCCAGAUCGGCCAGAGGCAGGGCAUGUCCUACUGGGACAUCAUGAGGAUCAACCUGCUGUACGGCUGCAAAUAAACGCUGAAGCUAAACGCAGAAAAUGAUAAAGAAUCAGAUUUUUCACUGUUUAGUUUUUAAUGUUCAGAAAACUGAAUAUGUAACCUGCAUGCCAAAAUGAUCAGCAAUAAAAAAUCUAUGCAAAAUAAACACUGUGAAGUCAUUUCUGUCUUUGUGCUGCUUGAAAACUUCAGACAAAAGAUAAAAAAGUAAUGUUUGCAAAGAGGAAAUGACAUCUUUAGAAUCAGACAUAUUGUGGCUUUAGAUACAGACAAAACAACAUCAUUCAGUAAUACCUUUGUUGUACUUCUGGACGGCAGACAGUCUGAGUGGGAAAACAAAUGACGACCAGAUUGUAGCUUUGUCCGUUGAAACCAAAAUUGACUUAAACAGAAAA